ACCAAUUUGCUUCAAGGCAGACGCGAUGGCAACCAAAGCAAUAUUCCCAACGUUCUACGAUGCGGAGACCAAGAUCUGGAGUGGCUUCAAAAAGCGUCCGUACUACGAUCCCGACUGCUCAGCGGGUGAAGUGUUCUUCUGUGCCCUCAGGAACUAUCCCAACCUAGUGAUUCAGAUCAACGAUGUGGACGGCUCCACGGUGACCAGUGGACAAAUACGCCAAUGGGGCAUUCGGCUGGCGCUGUACCUGCAGCGAGAGCAGCUGACGCAGGAGGAUGUCGUCGGCAUCAUUGCCCACUCCAGCAAAUACAUCGAUCCACUUAUCUUGGCCUGCUUACUGCAAGCGACACCGUUCCACGCCGUGAAUGCCACACGCGAUGCCGAGACAGUGACCCAUCUCUUUGCCGUGACCAGGCCAAAGAUCAUGUUCUGCGAUGCCGCCGACUACGAGCGCAUCAAGCAAGUCACCAAGGCGUUUGCGCCAAAAAUUAUCACACUUACGGGUCGAGUGCCCGGUGUGCCCCACAUUGAGGAUCUGCUGCUGCAGCCCGUGCCCGGGGAGGCAACCUACCAACCCGCUACCUUGAAGAAGGAUGGCAAUCAGACGGCCAUCAUUUUGUGCUCGUCGGGCACCGCUGGCUUGCCCAAGGCUGUGGCCAUUUCCCAUUAUCACAUACUCCAGAUAUCACCCUUCUGCAACAGCUCAGACAUCAUAUUGACCCACGCGACUGUCGACUGGGCGACGGGCUUCAUUUCCAUUGCCAUUAGCCUGCUUUAUGGCGCAUCCCGUGUACUAUUCGAGGGGGCCUACAAUGCUGAGCGGUUCGUGCAGCUCAUCCAGAAGUAUAAGGUCACCACGCUGGCCAUGGCGCCCUGGCAGGCCUAUGAGCUAUUCACCCACCCGCUGGCCACAGAGGAGUCCUUGGCCACCAUCAAGAUGUCCUUCAUCACUGGCGGCUGGGUGGCGCUGCCCGUGCUGCAGCGGGCGCAGAGGCUCACAAGGGGCUGCGUUAUGUUCUCCUACGGCACCACGGAGACAGGCGCCAUAACGGUGAAUAUUGAUCACACACUCGACAAUUCAGUGGGUCGCGUCUGUCCGGGCCUGCGCAUCAAGAUUGUCGACGAGGAGGGCAACAGCCUGGGCCACAACCAGGUCGGCGAAAUACUGAUCGACAUUGGCUCCAAGUGGGGCGGCUAUGUGUCCAAUCCCGAGGAGACGGCCACCACCCUGAGGGAUGGCUGGUUCCAUCUCGGCGACAUGGGCUACUUCGACAAGGACAACAACCUCUACAUUGUCGAUCGCAAGAAGGAUCUGCUCAAGUACAAGUCGAAGCACUACUGGCCCACGGAACUGGAACAGAUCAUCGCCGAGCUGCCCGAUGUGCAGCAUGUGUGCGUGGUCGGAGUCCGUGAUCCCAAAAACGGCGACUCCGCCGGCGCACUGGUCAUCAAAAAGCCAGGCUCUACGCUCACCCAGCAGCAGAUCAUUGAGCAUGUGGCGAAGCGCGUCGUCGUUGACUACAAGCAGCUCAAUUCCGGCGUACAGUUCGUGGAUAGUUUGCCAAAGAAUGACAAUGGAAAGGUGCUGCGCAGCCUGGCCCGGGACCAGUUCGAGGCGCUCAUGAAGUAA